GGUUCUAGCCACCAUCUGGUCGUACAAGGGCAUGAGUCACUUCAAUGACAUCGGUGAGACCGUCAAGAACCUCGUGGCUACAGGGAGGCGUAAACCGUCGGAGCUGGUCCCAGUCUGGUUUGACUUCAGCGGUAAGGGUGAGGCCGCCUGUGAAAAGAAAAAAAAAAAUUCAUGUGUGCUUAUAAAAGAACAUUUCAACAAAACCAGAUAAAGAGAGAGGAAGCAGUGUUUCUUUCAGAAAUCCCCCCCCCUGUGGGGGUGGGGGGGCGCACUUCAGUUGUGUUUUUGUUUUGUUUUUUUGUUUUUUUUUUUGGGAGGGGGUUCAUUAGGUUGGCUCAUUUCGUGGUAUGGCUCUUGUUGAUGGUAGGUUGGGGGCUAAUUGGUUGGGGGUUCAUUAGGUUGGCUCAUAUCGUGGUGUGGCUCGCUUUAAUGGUAGGUUGGGGGGGGGGGUAAUUAAUUAAAUUAGGUUGGCUGUCACUUAGGUUGCCUCGUAGUGUCGUGUGCAUCUUGUUGAUGGUAGGUUGGGGGUUAAUUAGCUUUGCUGUCACUUAGGUUGCCUCAUAUUGUGGUGUGGAUCUCUUUGAGGGUAGGUUGGGGGGUUAAUUAGGUUGGGGGUUAAUUAGGUUGGCUCAUAUUGUGGUGUGGAUCGUGUUGAUGGAAUGUUUUUAAAAAAGUGUGUGUUUGGGAGGGGGGGUAGUUUUUAUAUUAAAUUAUUAACAUUUUAAUGUGAAGUUGUGUGUUAGAUUACGACAGAGGUCAUCUGCGAAAGGGUGAAGGACGAAUGGUGAGGGACAGACAACAAUAAAAGUUUUAUAAUAUGAAAGAUUCGGUUUGGGGGGGAGGGGGGGGCAAAAAUGGGCUUUGAUUGAAUUAAUUGGAUGAAAAUAACCGGUUUCAGAGUUGGAAGGGGGGGGGCGUCAAAAUGAGUCUUUUCCACUGACGCCAAACAGUGUAGAUACGCCACUGGAGGCCCUAUGUCAGACGCGUAAUUCUUAGAUGCCCUUUUUCUAGGCCCCAUCAUUUCUUCACACCAAGCAUCUUUUAGUGUGUUAUAGUGUGUUGCCUCUUGAAACUCCAUCAUGCGAAUCUCGUGACUCAAUCCCUUCAAUCCAUGAUCAUGUUUGAUAUAUGGCUUGAUCCAAAAAUCCAACCUCACCCGAAAUGAACCUUAUCGCACAAUACUUCAUAUAAUAGAAUGGGUAUAACGUGGGUAUAACGUGGUUGAAAAUCGAUCAGGUUGAUGUGUACUGUUCGAACUUUGUAAAGAACAAUCUGUGAUCUUAUCUUGAGGUCCACAACGUUUCACUAGUAGAAAAUGUAUCAGAUCCCAGUUUCCUCCACUUCGCGAAUUCAUAUGUAUAGGGCCAUCUUCCUAUUGUAAUACGGACAUUUAACUUGACCUAUAAUGUGGGACGGCAGAUUUUCCAACUUUUCUCCCUCGUCAAGACUCAUCUGACCAGUGACAGUAACCUUGGAAACACAAUUCUGGCCGUUCUGAGUUUUCAUCUCCAAUAUGAUUUUCACACAAUCCAUCACGUGUGAACUGUGGACUAGUGAGAGACAGACAUAGAAAUGUCAAGAGAUAGAGAGAGCCUAGAGGUGACUUAAAGGGUGAUAACAGAGUUAGAGAGCAUAGGCCUGCACAGCAUUCGGCCGGCGGGCCACCGUCAGCACCCACUUGGCGACCCACGAAGUAACGAAAUAUUCCUGAUUAUUAUUCUCUUAAUAGCUUUCCCCCAUGUCCUAUCAUCUUUUGGCCCGCACAAGUUUUUCAUAAAGUACUACGGCCCACACAAGUUAUUCAUAAAGUAUUACGGCUCACACAAGUUAUUUAUAAAGUAUUACGGUCCACACAAGUUAUUCAUAAAGUACUACGGCCCACACAAGCUAUUCAUCAAGUAUUACGGCUCACACAAGUUAUUCAUAAAGUACUACGGCCCGCACAAGUUAUUCAUAAAGUAUUACGGCUCACAGAAGUUAUUCAUAAAGUACUACGGCCCACACAAGCUAUUCAUCAAGUAUUACGGCUCACACAAGUUAUUCAUAAAGUACUACGGCCCGCACAAGUUAUUCAUAAAGUAUUACGGCUCACAGAAGUUAUUCAUAAAGUACUACGGCCCACACAAGUUAUUCAUAAAGUACUACGGCCCACACAAGUUAUUAAAAAAAGUGCUACGGCUCACCUUACAUGUUGUGUUGUGCAGGCCUGUUGUAGAGAUAUAAAGGGAGCAAGAGUCUAUUAGACACGGAGGAAAGGUAUUUAGAGAUUGAGAGAGAGGGAGAGAGAGAGAGAGGGAGAGAGAGAGGGAGGGAGGGAGAGAGAGAGAGAGAGAGUGAGAUAGAGAGAGGAAGAGAGGUGCCAUAUAUGAGCUAGUGAGAAAGAGUUGUCAGACAUUCACUUGAAGUAUUCAGACUCCCCCCCCCCACACACACUUUUUUUUCCUUUUUUUUUUUCCUAAAGGCCCAAACCAUGGGUCCCGACACUCAUGAGCGAGUCUUAAACUGAUAUUAACUAUGUAUUACCUGUGUUUCUGUGUGGUGCAGACGAUCUGAUGCCGAGCGAGAUGUUUGGCAGUUUUAAAGACAGUCUCCUCCUUUUAUUUAUCAUCCCGCUGGUUCUGGCCAUUGUCGGGGCUGGUUUCAUCUGCAUGCCACAAGUCUCCUACUCGCUGGUGGUGAGUGCUCUCUUUACAUACCUGGCCAGUAACAGGUUGGGGAGUGGUUUCAUUACAUACCUGGCUAGUAACAGGUUGGGGAUUGGUGUCUUUACAUACCUGGCCAGUAACAGGUUGGGGAGUUGUGUCUUUACAUACCUGGCCAGUAACAGGUUGGGGAGUAGUGUAUUUACAUACCUGGCCAGUAACGGGUUGGGGAGUGGUGUCUUUACAUACCUGGGCAGUAACAGGUUGGGGAGUGGUGUCUUUACAUACCUGGCCAGUAACAGUUUGGGGAGUGAUGUCUUUACAUACCUAGCCAGUAACGUGUUGGUGAGUAGUGUCUUUACAUACUUGGCCAGUAGCGUGUUGGUGAGUAGUGUCUUUACAUGCAUUCCCAGCAACUUGUUGGGGAGUGUUCGAGAGGGCGUUUUUGACCAAAGAAUACACGGAGAACGGAUCCCACUAGAAAGCAUUAGGUGGUGGGCAUAUCUUGGAGGGACAGUGAGUGGUGGGAAUAUCUUGGAGGGACAGUGAGUGGUGGGAAUAUAUUGGAGGGACAGUGAGUGGUGGGCAUAUCUUGGAGGGACAGUGAGUGGUGGGCGUAUCUUGGAGGGACAGUGAGUGGUGGGCAUAUCUUGGAGGGACAGUGAGUGGUGGGAAUAUAUUGUUGGCAUAUUGAACAGUGGGAAUAUUUUUGAGGCUCAUUGAGUUGUGAGAAUACCUUGGAGGCACAUUGAGAGAGUGGCGACUAACUGGAGUAAAUCUAGUGAGAUCCUUGACAACAUAUGCCCCCACUGAGGAUGUCGCAGGAUGGUGAUGUUGAUGAUAGCCCUUGGAAAAGAUACACUAGACCCAAAAAAAAAUGUAAUAUCACAUAAAAGUACUCAAAAGUAGCGUACAAAUUCAGAAGAUUUUAAACUAUAAAUAGCUAUUAAUAAACUUUGUUGCUCUUUUUUUGUUUUGUGUUAAAGCUGAUCUUCAUCGGGUCAGUGUCCAUCUUGACCUUUGCCGCCUCUUACACCAUUGUGAAAUCCGUUGUUGAUGGGGUGAGUAAGCAUGUUAAGUCUUAUCAGUCAGCGGCGUAACAAACAUGGGGUGGGUGCAUCAGAAACACAGAAAGUAUAAGUAAAAUAAUUUGAUAAAGAGACUACUCUUAUAUGGAUGCUGAUUAAUGGAAGCAAGUCAGGUUUAGCCUUCUUUUUUUCCUUAUCCUUUUUUUUCUUAGCAUAGUUUUUUUUUUAUUGGUCAAAGAUGAUUUUCGUUUUGUUUCGGAAUUUUUUUUUUCGACCGACGCAAUUUUCCUAUUAAGGAAAAAUUGCGUCUGUCGAAAUUAACUAUGUAUUUUUUAUAUUUUUUAAUGAAGGACUUUUUCCAGUUGCAUAAUUUGUAUUCUGUUUCAAUAGAAACAAUAAAGUAACAGAAUACAAAUUACUUAGAAUAUUAUUAAUUUAAGAUGUAAAUCAGAUAGAACUUUAGAUUGCGAAGAAGAGAUAAUUUUAUGUGUAAAACCAACACUUUAACUAUAUGUAUUAUUUCGUACGGGGUAACGCCAGGACCCGCCAAACUUUGAUUGACGUCAAUGUUUCGACACCAUAUUGUUGGACAAUAUCUCAAGGAUAACGAGCGUUUUGAAUUUAAAAGAGAUUGUCUUCAAGGGGGCGGGAAAAUCACAAACUUAUUUUAAAGAAAGACAAUUUAUACUGUACUUUGUGAUUAUAAUAGUCUUGUGUUGUGAUUAAAAAUAUUUAAUAUUUCUUCUAUUGUUGUUAAAAAAUAUUUCUUGUAGUGUGAUUGAGACUUGACUUCUGUUGCGAUUCAGACUUGUCUUCUAUUGUUAUUCAGACUAGUCUUCUAUUGUGAUUCAGACUGGUCUUCUAUUGUGAUUCCGACUUUUCUUCUAUUGUGAUUCAGACUUGCCUUCUAUUGUGAUUCAAACUGGUCUUCUAUUCUGAUUCAGACUUUUCUUCUAUUGUGAUUCAGACUUGGCUUCUAUUGUGAUUCAGAGACUGGUCUUCAAUUGUGAUUCAGACUUCCCUUCUAUUGUGAUUCAGACUGGUUUUCUAUUGUGAUUCAGACUGGUCUUCUAUUCUGAUUCAGACUUUUCUUCUAUUGUGAUUCAGACUUGCCUUCUAUUGUGAUUCAGACUUGCCUUCUAUUAUUAUUCAGACUGGUCGUCUAUUGUGAUUCAGACUGGUCUACUAUUGUGAUUCAGACUGGCUUUCUAUUGUGAUUCAAACCUGCCUUCUAUUGUGAUUUCAGGCUUAUCUUCUAUUGUGAUUUAGACUGGUCGUCUAUUGUGUUUCACACUUUUUUCUAUUGCUAUUCAGACUUGUCUUCUAUUGUGAUUCAGACUUGCCUUAUAUUAUGAUUCAGACUGGUCUCCUAUCGUGAUUCAGACUGGUCUUCAAUUGUGAUUCACAAUGGUAGUCUAUUGAGUUUCAGACUGCUCUUCUAUUGUGAUUCAGACUGCUUUUCUAUUGUUAUUCAGACUUGUCUUCUAUUGUGAUUCCGACUUGUCUUCUAUUCGCAGACCAACACUAUUGCCACAGAAAAUCUGAGGAGAGUGAUCAGCAAAAACUAUCAUAUCUUACCCGGAAAUAAGAUUGUGGCAGCCAUGAAUGCCCUUAUGAUCAUCGUGAGUUGUUUGUAACACAAUUGUCAGAGACUCGGGGGCUUUAUUUCUUGCUAUAGUAGUACCGUUAAACAGCUAUAAAUGCAUCGUUAAGUAGCUAUAGUUGUACUGUUAAGAAGUUAAAGUUGUACCGUUAAGUAGCUAUAGUUGUACCGUUCAGUAGCUAUGGUUGUAUCAACAAGUUGUUAUGGUUGUAUUGUUAAGUAGCUAUUGUUGUACCGUUAAGUAGCUAUAGUUGUACCGUUAAGUAGCUAAAGUUGUACCGUUAAGUAGCUAUAGUUGUACCGUUCAGUAGCUAUGGUUGUAUCAACAAGUUGUUAUGGUUGUAUUGUUAAGUAGCUAUUGUUGUACCGUUAAGUAGCUAUAGUUCUAACAUUAAGUAGCUAUAGUUUUACCGUUAAGUAGCUAUAGUUCUAACAUUAAGUAGCUAUAGUUCUAACAUUAAGUAGCUAUUGUUGUACCGUUAAGUAGCUAUAGUUCUAACAUUAAGUAGCUAUAGUUUUACCGUUAAGUAGCUAUAGUUCUAACAUUAAGUAGCUAUAGUUCUAACAUUAAGUAGCUAUAGUUUUACCGUUAAGUCGCUAUAGUUGUACCGUUAAGUAGCUAUAGUUCUAACAUUAAGUAGCUAUAGUUCUAACAUUAAGUAGCUAUAGUUCUAACAUUAAGUAGCUAUAGUUUUACCGUUAAGUAGCUAUAGUUGAACCGUUGAGUAGCAUCGAGAAGAAGCGUUCUCCACAGACUACAAUUCUGAUAGACCGAUAGUACAAGGAACAAUACCUUUUUAGGACGAGGGAUUGCAAUAAGAGAACCAUAGAUCUAGGAUGAUGGACUUACAGUAAAUGAUCUAUAGAUCUAGGAUGAUGGACUUACAGUAAAUGAUCUAUAGAUCUAUUAUGAUGGACUUACAGUAAAUGAUCUAUAGAUCUAGGAUGAUGGACUUACAGUAAAUGAUCUAUAGAUCUAGGAUGAUGGACUUACAGUAAAUGAUCUAUAGAUCUAGGAUGAUGGACUUACAGUAAAUGAUCUAUAGAUCUAGGAUGAUGGACUUACAGUAAAUGAUCUAUAGAUCUAGGAUGAUGGACUUACAGUAAAUGAUCUAUAGAUCUAGGAUGAGUCAACUAGACAUUUCAUCUUAGUCUCCUACAAGCUAGUGUUUAUUUGGUCCUACAGAAAGAGGUGCCUCAGUCCCUUAUACAAGAGGGGCCUCAGUCCUCUAUACAAGACGGGCCGCAAUCUCACAGACAAGAGGAGGCGCCCAGUCCCCCGUCCACCCCCCCCCAGACAUGACGGGCUCAAAUCCCCUAUACAGAGUGUCCCAGUACCCCAGACACGAGGGACCCCAAUUCCCCAUUCGACAAGUAAUGGGGAUCCAUUUUGUGGCCGCGAAAACGACCCACUCACCUACCCACUACCCACCCAACCCCCCACCCCCACAUCUUUACUAACUACCUAUACCUCCAUUCAUAAUUAUGUUCAGCCAUGUGUCCAGCUCUCUAUUUUCAUCUCCAAGGGCCACUGUUGUGGAGUGAUCGGCCCGGGUGAUUUCAAUACGUC